AUGUCUAGCACUGCCACCAUCUCUAUUGCUAUCACCACCUCCAUUAUCACCACCAUUACCACCUCUAACAUCAAUGCCACCAUUACCUUCACCACCAUCAUCACCUUCACCAUUACCACCAUCACCACCUCUAUCAAUAACUACCUCCGUUACUGUCAUCACCUCCAUCAUUAUCACCAUUAUCAUCCCAGCCCCAGCAUCACUAUCAUCACCAUCACCAUCUCUACUACCAAAACUGCUGAAACUACCAUCACAAUCAUUCCUGCCUCCUUUCUCAUCGGCAUUCCUGGAGGAAAGGAGGAUGUUGCUGGUGGUAUGGAGGGUGUCGAGCGGCACGGAAGUGCCGUGAGGCUGUGUAAGGGCUUGUGCCCGCUGUGCAAGGCCGUGGUUCCCUGUGUGGGACUGUGCCAGGCCACUCGCCGGAGUGGCAUCCUUACUAAGACCCUCCUCUUCAAGCCCAUUGUGUCUCUAGGGAUUGAGGAAGGCUUAGAUGAGAAGAUGAGAAAGGAUGCAGUUAUUUUUGCUUCCCAUUCCCCACUUAAAUCUGGCCGGCGGUUUGGGGGGUUGCUCCUCUACUCCGCCAAAUCACUUUGGAUUUUGGAAACCAGCGGAGACAGAACAGAGGUAGCAAGAGCGCCAGAGAGAAGUCGAAAAAGACAGAGAGACGGGGUCAGAGCGCACGAGCAAGCGAGCAACGAGAGGGACAGGGGCAAAGUGAGUGACCUGCUUUUGGGGGUGACCGCCGGAGCGCGGCGUGAGCCCUCCCCCUCCAGAUCCCGCAUCCGACCAGCCGCGCUGACGGACAGACAGACAGACACCGCCCCCCGCCCCAGCGCCCACCUCCUCUCCGGCCGGCGGCGGACGGUGGACGCGGCUGCGAGCCGCGGGCAGGAGCCGGAGCCCGCGCCGGGAGGCGGGGUGGAGGGGGUCGGGGUUCGCGGUGAUGCACUGAAACUUUUCGUCCAACUUCUGGGCUGUUCUCGCUCCGGAGGAGCCGUGGUCCGCGCCAGGGGAGCCGAGCCGAGCGGAGCCGGGAGAAGUGCUAGCUCGGGCCGGGAGGAGCCGCAGCCGGAGGAGGGGGAGGAGGAAGAGGAGAAGGAAGAGGAGGAGGAGAGGGGGCCGCGGCGGCUCGGCACUCGGAAGCCGGGCUCAUGGACGGGUGAGGCGGCCGUGUGCGCAGACAGUGCCCCAGCCACGCACGCUCCCCAGGCCCCUGCCAGGGCCUUGGCUCCGGGAGGAAGAGGAGCCCGCCGAGGCGCCGAGGAGAGCGGGCCGCCCCGCCGCCCAAGCAGGAGAGGGAGCGCAAGCCGCUCCGGCCCGGGCCGGGCCUCCGAAACCAUGAACUUUCUGCUCUCUUGGGUGCAUUGGAGCCUUGCUUUGCUGCUCUACCUCCACCAUGCCAAGUGGUCCCAGGCUGCGCCCACCGCAGGAGGAGGAGAGCUGAAAUCCCAUGAAGUGGUGAAGUUCAUGGACGUCUUCCAACGCAGCUACUGCCGUCCAAUUGAGACCCUGGUGGACAUCUUCCAGGAGUACCCCGAUGAGAUCGAGUACAUCUUCAAGCCGUCCUGUGUGCCACUGAUGCGGUGCGGGGGCUGCUGCAAUGAUGAAGCCCUUGAGUGUGUGCCCACUCAGGACUUCAACAUCACUAUGCAGAUUAUGCGGAUUAGACCUCACCAAGGCCAGCACAUAGGAGAGAUGAGCUUCCUACAGCACAGCAAAUGUGAAUGCAGACCAAAGAAAGAAAAAGCAAGACAAGAAAAUCCCUGUGGGCCUUGCUCAGAGCGGAGAAAGCAUUUGUUUGUACAAGAUCCGCAGACGUGUAAAUGUUCCUGCAAAAACACAGACUCGCGUUGCAAGGCGAGGCAGCUUGAGUUAAACGAACGUACUUGCAGAUGUGACAAGCCGCGGCGGUGAGCUGGGCUAGAGGAGGGAGCCUCCCUCGGGGUUUCGGGAACCAGACCUCUCACCUGGAAAGACUGAUACAGAACGCCCCAGAAACCACGCAGCUGCCGCCGCACCACCCUCACCAUUGACAAAACAAUCCUUAAUCCAGAAACCUGAAAUGAAGGAAGAGGAGACUCUGCGCAGAGCACUUUGGGUCCGGAGGGCAAGACUCCGGCAGAAGCAUUCCCGGGCGGGUGACCAAGCACGGUCCCUCUUGGAACUGGAUCGCC